GAUUUUUUGAUACACCGAUAUUAGAAAAUAAACUGCUUAAUGGGAGAGAAUUAGUAUAUCUUCCGUCUCAAAAACGAACACACUUGGGAGAGUGAGGGUUGUAUAUUUGAGGGUGUUGGAUGUUACGGUAUUUUCUGUCCGUGUCGGUGCUGUUGACCACCGAGGAUACCUGACGGCUAACUCGACUGAUUGCCAUCAUUGCUGAACAAAGAAAUAAGGCUCGACAAAGCAUCGUGUCAGACAUCGGUCCUCUUCUGUGAUUAUUCUCCGCUCCAACUCCUCGGAGUGACAACCGGAAACGGUCCCAUUUGUUUGCCGGACCGCCUGUCGCCAUUUUCAAAACGGCGAAGCUUUAUUGCGCACAUCAGAGUGUUCAGCAAAGAAGUUUAAAUAAAGAGACGGAUCGUUUGAAUUACUGAAGAACAGAGGGAGCAGAACAUUCUGCCUCCCGACCACCAAACAAAAUGAUGGAGUUACCGAACUACAGCAGCCAGCUGAUGCAGCAGCUGUGGGCCCUGAAGAAGGAGGGCCGCUUCUGUGACUGCACCAUCCUGGUGGGAGACAGCAGUCACCGCGCUCACAAACUAGUGCUGGCUGCCUCCAGCCUGCUCUUCAGGUCUCUCCUGGAAGGCUCUGACACCAUCUCCAUCGACACGACUGUGGUUUCCUCACAGGAGUUUGGCUGUCUCCUGGACAUGGUCUACACCGGCAAGCUGCCCCUGGGCAAACACAACGUCAGCCGCAUCGUAUCUGCUGCAGACAGUCUCCAGAUGUUUGACGUAGCCGUGGGCUUUAAAAACAUCCUCACCAGCUUAGUGACUCAGACACCUCCGGUCCCAGUACAUUCUAUGCAAACCCCAACUCUCACCAAGAUCAAGAAAGCCCAGAGAGUUCACCCUGAAGGUUUAGCCUCAACCAGCAAGGAUGACUCACUUUCAGACAACAUGGAGAUUAGGGCUGAACUGAAGAAGGAACACUGUACAGGUGAAGGAGAGAACACAAAGGAACCGGCAUGCAAAAGACCCCGUGUGGAGCUCUCUGACACCUCAGGGUCUGAAGAAGCCAAAUACUCAGAAAGUGCAGCGGGAGACAACAGCAUGCAGGCAGCUGAGGUAUCCAGUGAGCCUGCUCUUCUAAAACGUUCCUCUCAGCUGGUGGAGCUUCUCACCACCAUGUCAUCUGUUGUGGAGCUGCUGAGCCAGGCAGCACAGUGCAGCCUGGAUGAACAGGACAGAGAGGUUGUGCUUCAGUGCUGUAAGGAGGCAGAUCCUAGCAAAGUGUUGGAAAAGCUGAUGAGUAAAGUGAAGGACAGACUGAUCAGUGAGGGAGCUCUUCUCAAACUGUUCCGUACCGUUGAGCAGAAAGCUUUAUCCUCCUUCCCCUCACCACUGCUCUCUCUGCUGGAAGAGGUGGAGAGGAACACACAGCAACCCGAUGAAAGCCCGCCUAGAGAGAAUGGUACCACAAGUGAAGAAAAACAGAAGGAAGAGGUGGAAGAUAAAAUCAGUAAGGAGGAGACUGAAGAGGACAAGAAAGAUACAAAUGCUACACCAGAAUCUUCAUCCCCUCCCCCCUCCUCUUCCCCUUCCUCCCACAGUAAGCCCUUUACCUGUCACUGGUGUAAAAAGAGUUUUGACUACAAGUGUCGAAUGCUGGCCCACACCAAGCGCUGCUCCAUGUCUCAGGAGUGUGAGCAGCAGUGCCCGGAAUGCCCCGAGAAACUGGCCAACCAGCGGGCUCUGCAGCGCCACCGGACUGAGGUUCACCGUAACACCGCACGGGUCAAGAAGAAAGUGGCCUGUGACCUCUGUGGGCGCACCUUCGCCCACCCAUCAGGUAUGAUUUACCACAAACGGACAGAACACUUUGAAGAGAAGCCCUUUGCUUGUGAGGAAUGUGGCGCCAAGUUUGGUGCCAACUCAUCUCUGAAGAAUCACAUGCGGCUGCACACUGGAGAGAAACCUUACCGCUGCAAACACUGUGACAUGAGCUUCAGUGUGGCUGCUGCACUAGCAUACCACACCAAGAAGAAACAUUCUGAGGGGAAGAUGUAUGUCUGUCAGUACUGUAAGGCUGUCUUCGCCCAAUCCAUAGAGCUGACGCGUCACGUGCGAACACACACUGGUGACCGGCCUUAUGUGUGUCGGGAAUGUGGCAAAGGCUACAGCCAGGCCAGUGGACUCACCGUCCACCUGCACACCUUUCACAACUUGUCGGAGCCCCAUGACUGUCAGAAGUGUUGUCUCAGCUUCUCCUCACUGGAGGAGCACCGGCAGCACAUCCAGGAGUUCCACCCAAAGGAGUUCCACAAGUGUCCCACCUGCAACAAAGUGUUCACCAGCACCGCACUGCUGGAUAAACACAAGGCCACACACACUGGAACCAAGCCGUUCAGCUGCGACCUCUGCAACAAGUCGUACCAGCAACUGUCAGGCCUAUGGUACCAUAACAGGACCAACCAUCCUGAUGUGUUUGCUAGUCACACCCGGCAGCUCAAGACCCUGGUCCAGUGUGACGUCUGCUUUAAGUUCUUCCCCAGUGCUGCCAGUGUGGCCAAACACCAAGCUGCUGAGCAUCAAGGCUCCGAGGCAUCGGCAGUGUGUUGCCUGUACUGCAAGGCUGUGCUGGGUGGGGAUGAGGAGAUGCAGGAGCACAUCUGCAGUCAGGGCAGCGAGGCGUUCAGCUGCCCCCUCUGCUCCCUGGUCUGCACCACCCAGCUGAAGCUGCAGGAGCACCUGCUCUCCUGCCACAUGGAGGCCCAGCAGGAGCAGGAGCAGGAGCAGGAGAGCAGAGAGGAGGAGCAGGCCUCCACCUCCUACACGGUGGUUUCAGCAGAUCCGACAGGGGCCAGAGAGGAAGGGACAUCGAUCCUGCCUGAGGAGCAGAGGCAGCUGAGAGCCGGACAGCAGCUGUUUGUAGCUCUAGCAGGAGGAAGAGAGGGCAGACCAUCAGCGGAGGUGGUGGAGGUGAACAUGUACGACCUGCUGAACAGCUCUGUCACCUUCAUCUGCGAGGACAAACCAUCAGGUCCGAACUCUUAACUGAGAUCUUUGAACCCUAGAGGGUCACGCAAGACACUGAACAGUUUUAUUUAAUCAUCAGUAUCACUGGGACGACCACAGACUGAGCCAGGGACCUUUAGUGUUGCAGGUCUCUGAUGGAGUUGUUGUGCCAGUUUAAAUGUGAUGACUGUGUUUUACUAAUGUCCUCUUUCAGAGUCUUGAAAGUUCCACUGGCCAUUUAUUGAACAUUCAGCAAUGACUGAACAAACUCCAUGCACUAGCAAAGACUCUCAGUGCUAAUAUUGAAUUUGUUAUAAGAUAAGGUUCAACAAAAGAUCAAAAAACAUCAUUCAGUCAUUUCUGAUGUCCCUCCCCGUCUGUGGCCCUCAGCACUGAAACCAGUGACUCCUACUGACGACACAAAUCUUUAAAAGCAGGUCACAAAUGUAGCUUCACUCUUUGAAAAAGCAGAAGGGUGAUGUCAAAAUAAAUUCUAUUUUUUAAUAGUUUUUAUUGAUUAUUGGUUUGGGUCUUUUCAUGAGAUUUGAGAACAAUAAGAAAAUAUAGAAAUCUGGCGUUGCUACCCUUAAAAUGAUGAAGCAAGAACGUCAUGUUACUGCGCUGUGGGCUGUUUCCUGGUACUGUAGCUGGAGGAACUGGUUCAACUGUUCUCACUGGGUUUCUGUCUGUGAUGGUUCUCAGUUGGAGAAACGUCACGAACAUUACAUGACACCCUCAAAACAUCCAGCAAUGCUCUCACCAGCGGGAACAAAACAAAACAAACCAAAAAAAUGGUGUUUAAGUGAGGAUUUGUGUCAUUGGAAAUAAAUUGAAAAGUUCAAGUUCAAAUGUACUUAUUUAUAACAGGAAGUUCACAGGCAGCAACCUGGUGACGAAAUCAGAUAAAUCCAAACCUACAGCUUCCUUUCUGAUCACCGCACAAGGUCUAAUUGAGCUUGAACAAAAAAAAAGUCUCAAAUAAAGUUUAAUGAUCCAAACAGAA